UGCACGGAUUGGUCUGUGGACUACAUGAAAUACAAAGUGCUUUACGGUGAACCUGUACGAAUUAAAUGUGCUUUAUUUUAUGGAUAUAUCAGAGCAAACUACACCCUAGCUCAGAGUGCAGGACUGAGUCUGAUGUGGUACAAGAGCACUGGACAUGGGGACUUUGAAGAACCCAUACCUUUUGAUGGUGUUAGAAUGAGUAAAGAAGAGGAUUCAAUAUGGUUUCGACCUGCAGAAUUACAAGACAUUGGACUUUAUGCCUGUGUAUUAAGGAACUCAACGUAUUGUAUGAAGGUUUCUAUGUCAUUGACUGUGGCUGAAAAUGACACAGAUCUCUGCUACAAUUCCAAAAUGAGGUACUUUGAAAAAGCUGAACUUAGCAAAAACAAAGAAAUUCCAUGCCCUGACAUCGAGGAUUAUGUACUGCCUCACAGAGAGCCCAAUAUAGUAUGGUAUAAGGAAUGCAAGCCAAAAGUAUGGAGACAAACAGUUGUACGGAGGAAGGAUACACUAAUUAUACGGGAGGUUCGAGAAGAUGAUAUCGGGAAUUACACUUGUGAACUGCAGUUUGGAAACUUUGUAGUACGAAGAACUACAGAAUUAACUGUAACAGCACCCUUGACAGACAAGCCUCCCAAGGUCCUGUUUCCAUCAGAAAACAGAAUGAAUGUGUUGGAGGUACAGAUUGGACUUGGUCGGCUUGCCUUCAUUGACACAACCAUGACUUAUGCAUUGUAUGAGAAGAUUCUAGAGGAGAAUGUCAGGCCAUCCGUUCAUGGGCCAAAGCUGAACCGAAAGUGGGUCAUGCAGCAAGACAAUAAUCCUAAACAUACAGGAAGUCCUGCUAAUCUGACGUGUCGGGCCUUUUUUGGCUACAGUGGAGACGUAAGCCCUUUAAUUUACUGGAUGAAAGGGGAGAAGUUUAUUGAAGAUCUAGAUGAAAGUCGGGUUCGAGAAAGCGACAUCAGAGUUCUUAGAGAGCACCUUGGCGAGCAAGAAGUUUCCAUUUCCCUCAUCAUUGAUUCUGUGGAAGAAGGGGAUCUUGGGAAUUACUCAUGUUAUGUGGAAAAUGGGAAUGGAAGGCGGCAGGCCAGUAUGCUUUUACACAAAAGAGAGCUGAUGUACACAGUUGAACUUGCUGGUGGGCUUGGCGCCAUCCUGCUGCUACUUGUCUGUUUAGUGGUACUCUACAAGUGCUAUAAGAUUGAGCUCAUGCUGUUUUAUCGCAACCAUUUUGGAGCUGAUGAAGCUGAUGGAGAAAACAAAGAUUAUGAUGCAUACUUGUCUUACACCAAAGUGGAUCCUGACCAGUGGGGUCAGGAGACCAGAGAAGAGGAGCGAUUCGCUCUCGAGAUCCUCCCUGACGUGCUGGAGAAGCACUGUGGGUAUAAGCUCUUCAUACCUGACAGGGAUUUAAUUCCAACAGGAAGUAUCACCAAUGAUCAUUACCAGGAUGAUACAAGACUGCUCAGAGCUUAUAUUGAAGACGUGGCGAGAUGUGUGGAUCAGAGCAAAAGAUUAAUAAUUGUGAUGACCCCCAACUACGUGGUCAGAAGAGGCUGGAGCAUCUUUGAGCUUGAGACACGGCUCCGCAACAUGCUGGUAUCUGGAGAGAUCAAGGUCAUACUGAUCGAAUGCACUGAACUCCGAGGCAUCAUGAACUACCAGGAGGUGGAGGCCCUCAAACACACCAUCAAGCUGCUGACUGUUAUCAAAUGGCAUGGGCCCAAAAGCAACCAGCUGAAUUCGAAGUUCUGGAAACAUUUACAGUACGAAAUGCCCUUUAAGAGGAUAGAGCCCAUCAUUACGCACGAGCAAGUCUUGGAUGUGAGCGAGCAGGGACCCUUUGGAGAACUACAGACAGUGUCAGCCAUCUCCAUGGCAGCUGCCACAUCCACCGCUCUGGCCACCGCCCAUCCAGACCUGCGCUCCACCUUUCACAACACCUACCACACCCAAAUGCGGCAGAAACAUUACUACCGCAGUUAUGAGUAUGAUGUACCUCACACCGGCACCCUGCCCACCGUUACCUCCUUAGGGAACCAACAUACCUACUGUAACAUCCCCAUGACGCUAAUCAAUGGGCAAAGGCCGCAGUCUAAAUCAAACAGGGGACAAAACCCAGAGGAGGCUCACACGAACAAUGCCAUGCUGCCCCUCUUGCCCAGAGAGACCAGUAUAUCCAGUGUCAUUUGGUGACAGCUGAACAAAGUGUAAAGUUGGCCCGCUCCAGUGUUUGCUGAACCCUGCAGUCUGGUGGUUGGAACUGCAACCUUGACUGCUACUGUUAAACCUGAAUCACAAUCCACAUAGAAAAAACAACAAGAUACA